UAAAAUGUUUUAGUUGUCACUUUAUAACCAAAAUUGUCCGUGAAAAUUAGCCAACUGCAAACACAUAAACCCUAAAACGUAUCAUCAAUCAAUCGAAACCCUAGAAAACCAAUCACCGUUAUCUUCAACAAACAAUCAAAUGGCGGAAGAAGAUACCGGGAAGAAGAAGAGAGUGGUGGUGGAAUCACUAGGAUGGUUAACGGAAUCCUCAAUCAUGCCCAAAAAACACCGUGCAAUCGCCGGUGUUGGCCCCUCAUCAAUUCUCGAGCUCAAGGCACAAUUAUACAAGUCUCAAGAAGAAGCCAAAACUACCAAUUCGAAUAAGAAUCCAGAUCAGCUCGAGGUUCACCGUGCGAAGAAGAAAAUUGUUCCGAAUGAUGUCUUUGCCGGCAAGAACUCCGGUGUGGAUGCUCGUUCUCACAAGGAUAAGUUGGAGAUGAAAGCAGUGAAAGAUGGGUCAGCCAGCUAUGCAGCUCUAGAGAAGAAAGCCGAGUUGUAUGAAAAGCUGGCAAGGGGAGAAGUAUCUGAUGAGGAAGAUAAGGAGAAAUAUUGUGUUGAUUUUUUCAGUAAGACCUAUGUAAAUGACGAACCACAAAGACAUAGCCCGUUUUCUAUAGAAACAAGCAAACACGAGCCUGAUACAUAUGAUGAACCUGUGUUGCCUGAUACACGGGCUACGGGCCUCGGUAGGGCAGCUGGUACAUUAGACAAUGAUGAACAUAAGCGUUUUGUGAGGGAAGUGCAUGAAGAAGUUAAUGAAGCUCGGGAAAAAGUGUCUGAACUAAAAGUCCGUAGGCAAGAGCAGGUGGCUGCUCGGCGAGAGAAGUUAAAACAGGCUUAUUUGAGGAAACAAUUGGAGAAAUUGAAAGCUCAAUCUAAACAAGGUAAUGAUACAUGAUUUGACAUUUGAUGCAAAAUUUUGUUACCUUAACCGACCUGAAACAUGUAUAAAUAUGAAAUAACAUCGUCCAAUCAUUCAAUGUUUAUUCGUUUUUCACCUAUGGUUA